UGUGCGAGCCUCAGAAUGCUAGUAUUGUCUGUGGGCGCGGCAUCACAUCACAAGCUAUCAUAUUAGUGCGUUGUUUUUCGGUGUUGGUUAAUGUUGCUUUACUGCUACAUCGUCUCAGGUUCUCUAUCUGCGUUCUUAUUCACAGGUUUGUAGGGGCGUGCAGCGAGUGAGGGUAUUUGCGCUACUCGGAGUGACUGGUCAGACCAGGGGGAAAACGGGACCGGAGCUUUUCUGUUUUUUUUUCUGACAUUGUUAAUAAUCUUCAUAAUUCCUUGGAGGAAUAAACUCCAUUGAAAGACUUCAGAAGGGUACUUGUGCGUUCCUCAACACCGCAUACAAGUGUUCCAACAAUCCUCACCAUGGAGGCCAUUGCCAAAUACGAUUUCAAAGCCACUGCAGAUGAUGAGUUGAGUUUUAAACGUGGAGAGACGUUGAAGGUUUUGAAUGAAGAAUGCGACCAGAACUGGUACAAGGCAGAGCUGAAUGGGAAAGAAGGCUUCAUCCCCAAAAACUACAUAGAAAUGAAGGGACACCCGUGGUUCUAUGGUAAGAUCCCCCGGGCGAAGGCAGAGGAGAUGCUGAACAAACAGAGGCACGAUGGGGCCUUCCUCAUCCGAGAGUCGGAGAGCGCACCGGGAGACUUCUCCCUCUCUGUCAAGUUUGGUAAUGACGUGCAGCACUUCAAGGUUCUGCGUGACGGGGCUGGGAAGUACUUCCUGUGGGUGGUCAAGUUCAACUCUCUCAACUCCCUGGUGGACUACCACCGUUCCACCUCUGUGUCCCGCAACCAGCCCAUCUUCCUCAGGGACAUCGAGCAGGUCCCACAGCAUUCAACGUACGUGCAGGCGCUGUUUGACUUCGAUCCUCAGGAGGACGGCGAGCUGGGUUUCCGACGCGGCGACUUCAUCCAGGUCCUGGACAACUCCGACCCCAACUGGUGGAAAGGGGCUUGCCACGGCCAGACGGGCAUGUUCCCGCGCAACUACGUCACGCCAGUCAACCAAAACAUGUGAUCAUGUCACGCCCGUCAACCAAAACAUUUGAUUGGCUAAGUGAAUAAUGACAUGGCCCCCCUCGUCCCCCAUUGGCCCAUUUACACCCCCUCAGGACUUUGAGGGACACUUCAGAAACCUUCAGACCUAAAUGAGGAAUGGAAGAAUGGGAAGAGGAACAAAAAUCCUGCAAAUACACAGAGCGAGAGGCAGAUUUCAUUACUCAGACUCUACAGUUGACUCUGUGGAUUCUUUGAUGCAAUGAGGGAGACACACGGAACAGAGAAUCAUUGCAAAGGAACCUAAGUUGAAGUAAAAAACAAACACAAGGGAUCCGGCUGUAGCUCGACUCCGGCAACGGCCUCCCUUCUUAUACGUUCUUCGUUUUCUUUCAUUAUGCAUAACAUCACCAUCCUAUGUUACAGUCUAUUAGAUAAAGACAAUGAAGAAGAUGUCAGAGACCAAAGACUCUAGUCUAGUGUGUUAUUGAUCUCAACCCAACUUUGGGAGAGAAGGACCAUGGACUGGAGAGAAAUUCUAUUGUUUUCGAUGUGUAUGUAUAUCUCUAAAUAUUUGUAGUUUGAGCCUGUUUUAGUAUGUGUGUUUUUUAAUUCAUUUACUUGAUUUCUUCCCUAUUUGUAGACCUACAUAUUGUCAUUUUCUAGGAUCAUAUUCAUUUAGUACCAAAUGGAAGAAAAUAGACAGGGAGGAUCUACCUGAACUGAAUAAGAAACACUCAUUUUUGUUUUCCGUUGCAAAACGUCUUGUUGCGUUUUGAAACUGUGCACUAAUUGAUAUGACCCAGAUCGUGCACAGAGUCUCUGAGACAAGAAGCUAAAUGGUUUUCAUGUGAUUGGGAGUUAUACAAUACUCUCAAGACAGAAAUUAUAUUUUAAUAAUAUUUCAGGUGGAAAUCUAAUUUGGAAAAUGUCAGGAUUUCUACUUUGUUCUGGUGUGAAAGCGGAAGCGCGGCUAUCAGCUAGAACAUAUUGUGUCAUUUUUUACCCAUUUAGGCAUUUAGUGGCUUUCUGCAUUAUUAAAUGUAGCCAUCAUUCUCAAAUAAAUCAUAGACCAUGGUAUAGAGUUUUAUGUCCAUCCGCAAUCAAUAGACUUAACUGAUGAUGGGGCUGAUUCAAUAUGACCUAAAUGUAGCUAAAUUGGGUCGUAAGGGUUCUUUAUGGAGAUUGCUAGUGGUUGACUGGGUUGAAACGGCAGUAUCCUUAUAAUCAUUAGUUCUAUGAAAGAAGGUAUUGAAUAGUGCUACACUCACUGAUUUCACCCUGCGUUUGUGGAAGUUGGGUAGUGCCUUUUCCAUCUCUGGUGUUUUUUGUCUCUCCAGGUUGACCAAUGAGUGCUUUUUUAAGCAGCAGAUCGCAGAGAUACGGUGACCAAUACAAUGUCUCCAUUCUCCACACAUGCCGGCCAUUGGUUAGGAGCUACCUUAUGGAAACCCCAGUCUGAAUCUCUAAACCCGUCUCAGCUCUGCAGUCUCUUCUGUCUCACUUUCAAGUAUGAUCAUUCGAUGAAAGAGAAACAUAAUGUUUUGUGCCAGAGAGUGUUGUUAUGUAGUGUUUCCCUUGAGGAAUGACUAAAUGGUGUGAUGUAAAUGUGCAGUGUGGAUCUAUGUUUUUAACAGAAUGACAUGAAUAUGACAAAGUCUUGUUUUGUCUGAUUAUGGGACAUAUCAAAAGGGCUUUUGGAAUUCUAUGCGAUUAGAUGCGAACACAUGAUCUGUCGGUUUGGUUGCGUCUUAAGGGGGACAUUUUUGACAGCGGGCGAAAAGAAGUCACAGAAAAAGGUAGUUUAGCGUUACCUGAAAGAGGGGGGCAUGAAUUGUCAUAAAGACCAACGUAAGUGCUUGAUCUGGGCAACAUCUUAAGUAUUUAUCCUUCAGUCAGUGUCUGCUUGUGACGGAGGCAGAAUGGAAUCCUCCAUCUUGAUAAAGAGAUUAAAGGACCAAUGAUGCUGACAAACUGACUCUAGAUCAGAACGACUAGCGCAACGGGUGGGCCAAUGACCUCUAUUGAACUCUGUGUCCUCAACUCUCUACUUUGGACCUUUUGAGAAUCUUGAAGAGGACUUCAAAUGCAAGGAAUUCCAUAUGAUCUCUCCUCCACUCUGCUUGUUAUUCCCUAUCUACACUCUUUGAUUUGGAAAACUACUCGAAUAUGCUUUAUGGUUUGUUGAAGUAAAAUGGCUGAAAUACACGAAGAGGCAGGUCAGAAGGGAAUAUGCAGGGAGGGGACCAUGCAAGUUUUUCAAUGUUAUUUCUAGCCUGCAAUGAACUGCAAUGAGCCAUUCCAAUGAACUGAUAGUCCGAUUGACUUGCAGGUGUUUGAAAAUGCGAGGGCAGGAGAAACCUUGCUUACGUGGUUUCGCUAUGAACUGUAGGCUGGCUAUGUGUUGCCUUGCUGUUGUUGCAAAGCCCCUCCCCCCGAUUCAAAGUUCACUAUGUCACACUAUGUAAAAAAAGCACUAAAGUGUGACGCCUGUGUGUAUUUUCUGUACGUGACAUGUAUUUACCUCUUCAGGUGUGUCUGUAUUCUCAGCCAAUCAUAUGACAUGUAUGACCCUGAGGUUUUCCUGACCACCUGACCAUCUGAUCUGGAGUAUUUCCAAGUCAUGUCACGUGUUCAGGGAAAAUUCCUGGCCCUAGACCUUAUGUGAUUACAGGGGUCAAUGUUUCAGCAGGUAUAGAGUUGAGACUGGUAUCCUAUUGGUUGACUCUUGGCCUGGUUGAACCAGAUUGAACGCUGCGUUCGACAUUCAGUGUCUUCUACCAGGCUAGUUGACGCUACCAGACGGUGGAUUCCGCUGCUCUCAAGGGGCCUGAUAAAUAGGACCCAGUCCAAAACUUUGUCUAUUUACGCUGUCUCUCGGUUCCUGGACAGCCUUGCACUCUCCCAUGGUCAAUAUUUACUCUCUCCUCGGUCAGUCAGUCAUUCAUUACAGUGCGAAGGCCGCCAGAAAGUGUACCAUUCAUUAAGCCUAGUUAAAUAUGACAUAACACUGCACUCUGCACUCACUAUUUGUUUCACUUCGGUGACAAUAGUCUCCAGUCUGCUACCAGUAUCAUUCUAUGGUUUAUUUCCUCGUCCAUUUGCAGCCGUCCGACUCGUUAUUCCGGAGUGGGAUCAUACGGUGGUUGACACCUAAAACGAUGUGAUUGUUUACCUUAUGCUGGAAAGUCUUUGUAUGUAUAUCUGACAUGGUUGCUUUAUGACGUCAUUUCAUGAUGUGCGUGAAUUAAAAACGUUUCCGUUUUCAAACUGGAGGAUGAUGAUGUCCCCUGAUGUCUGUCACAGCAUUUGAUUGCCUUUGAACGUAGAUCGACGACGACAGAAUAAUAAAACAAUCACUAUGAAGAA